UUUGGGAUAAAGAUCAUUGCAGAGAAGAAUCGGUGUCAACACAAGAACACCGACGAUCCAAUCAAGAGGUGGGAACCAUGAACCCUGUUUACAGCCCUGCACCAACAGGGGUUCCAUAUGCCAACCCUAAAGGAAUAGGAUACCCAGCUGGGUUUCCUGUAGGCUACGCGGCGGCUGCCCCUGCCUAUUCCCCAAACAUGUACCCCGGAGCAAACCCAGCCUUUCCCACAGGUUAUGCCCCAGGGACGCCAUUCAAAAUGUCAUGUUCUCCGACCACUGGUGCUGUCCCUCCCUAUUCCUCCUCACCCAAUCCUUACCCAGCGGCCGUCUACCCAGUGAGGAGCUCUUACCCACAACAGAACCCCUACGCACAGCAAGGCACUUACUACACACAGCCCCUGUUCGCUGCACCACCGCAUGUCAUUCAUCACACUACAGUGGUCCAGCCCAAUGGAAUGCCAGCAGCAAUGUAUGCCCCUCCCAUCCCACCUCCCCCCCGCCCAAACGGUGUUGCCAUGGGAAUGGUAGCAGGAACCACCAUGGCUAUGUCAGCGGGGACCUUGUUAACAACUCACUCCCCAACUCCAGUAGCCCCCCAUCCAGUCACGAUGCCCACAUAUCGACCCCCUGGCACACCCACCUACAGCUAUGUGCCUCCUCAGUGGUGAACAGAUGGCACUGUAAGACGAUGGUAGAUAUGCAUUUAAACAGUCCAGUAUUUUACAGUUGGAGCUGACGCCACCAGUUUCUCCACCCAGUUGUUCUUCCUUCCAAACCUAAUGUGAAUCUGAAUCCAAACGGCAGAAAAAAAAGGCUCCAUUUGGAAAGUGGACAAUGGCCCUUCCACUCUGACUACAUUACCCAGCAGCACUCUAAUCUCUUUGCGGCAUAUCUCACAUCAGACGACUAGUACUCCAUGCAAACUUGUGUUUUGUGGACUGUCUUGCAGUUUUUUAUAGCUAAAUCUUUAAGUGGU